AGAAAAAAAAAAGUCUGAUCCAAUCAAAAAAAUCCUAUCCUCAAUACCAUCCCCACACUGCAUGGCCAAAUCACUUCUCGCCGUCGCCGGUGGUUCUCCGCCGUCGUAUGUGGUUCCAUUUUUCAAUUGUUAAUGCCAUUCAUUUCUAGUUGUGUAAUCUAACCAAACAUAACCCAAUCCAAUCCACUCCAGUCUAGUUUAGUUUAGUUUUCCAGAGUCCAAUCAUCCUCACCAAACCAUAGCAAAUGGCAUCAGCAUUCUGUAAUCUCAACCCGUGCGGCUCUGGUCUCACAAAACUAAAUGACUACAAGAAGCACACAGUCCUCAAAAGGCCUUACAUAGACUGCAAAAGAUUGUCUCUUUCGCCUUGCAAUGCCGAAAAGGUUUUCCCCAAGACUCUUAGAAGACAAGUAGAGGUCAUGCAUUGCACACAGGCUUUUGUCAAUAGUAAUGGUGCGGAUUUGGGUACCGUCCAUGAGGAGGAUAAAGAAGAGAGUAUUUCUAAGGCAACCUUAAUAUGGAGGGCAAUAAAGUUGCCAAUAUACUCUGUUGCAUUCAUCCCUCUCACUGUAGGUAGUGCAGCUGCUUAUUUAGAGACGGGCAUAUUUUCAUCAUGGCGUUAUUCUAUUCUUUUGAUUUCUUCUGUUCUUAUCAUCACUUGGCUCAACUUAAGCAAUGAUGUUUAUGAUUUCGAUACAGGAGCAGAUAAAAACAAGGUAGAAUCGGUUGUAAAUCUGGUUGGCAGCCGUACAGGCACAAUUGUUGCUGCCUACUCGCUACUUGUUCUUGGCUUCAUGGGGCUUACUUGGGUAUCUUUUGAGGCAGGAAAUAUGCGGGCAAUAUUAUUACUCGCUUGUGCAAUAAUUUUUGGUUAUAUAUAUCAGUGCCCACCAUUUCGGUUAAGUUACCAAGGAUUGGGGGAGCCAUUGUGCUUUGCAGCAUUUGGUCCAUUUGCCACUACAGCUUUUUAUUUACUGCAGGGCAGCGGAAGUAAAAUGAUGCAUCUUCCUUUCACUGGUCCAAUUCUUUCUGCAUCACUUCUUGUUGGCAUUACGACAACCUUAAUUCUGUUCUGUAGUCACUUUCAUCAGAUUGAAGAAGACAAGGCGGUAGAAAAAAUUUCCCCUCUGGUUAGGCUUGGCACCAAAAGAGGAUCAUGGGUAGUGAGAUUGGCAAUUAUAGGACUGUAUGUCCUAGCUUUUUCUUUUGGUCUAAGCAGGGCUCUUCCCAUUACUUGUAUAUUUUUCUGUGCCUUGACCUUACCAGUGGCAAGACUCGUGGUUAGCUAUGUUCAGGAAAACCAUAAUGAUAAACAUAAAAUAUUCAUGGUGAAGUAUUACUGUGUGAGAUUGCAUUCUUUAUUUGGAGUUGCACUCGCUGCUGGACUAGUGGUAGCGAGAACGGCCCCUAAAAUUAGUAUUCCAAGGUUGGCAUUUUCAUAGUUUUUCUGCAUCCUGAAAUUUCUAGACAAAUGGAUGUUCCGAAUCUGUCGAGUGUGGCUGUAGUAUCACUAGUAUGUGUACAUACCUUACUUAUCGUAGUUCUGACUGCAGUCUAAUGUUUUCUUAGUUUAUUUGUAUAUUUUCUCCGUUUUAUUAACAACUGCCAGCAUGUGAGCCGUGGCCCAGCAUUGUAUAAUAUCAAUUUUGUUAUUAAAUA